CUUCAUCGGUCGCGAAGUCUCGCGAUUAUAAAUUCUUGAUCAGUAUACGUUAAUACGAUAAAUUUAAAAUGAUUAUCGUUUUGCAAAGAUAAAGAUAAAAGAUAAAAAUAUAGUGCUAGUGAAUUAGUGUGCGGACUGUAAUGCAUUCUUGACUAUUGUGAAAAACUUGUUUCGCAGAAUUUUUACUUUUUCUCUUCAUUUUUUCGAAAACAUGCUCGUAAAUUGAAAAUCGAACAAUUUUUACAACAUCGAGUGAUAAUACAUUUUGGUCGAGAUACCAAGACAGUUCAGUGUUCUUGCAUAUUAUCGGAUUCUUAGUUAUCCAUAUAAGUAUAUCAAUCGGUGUAGUGUUAUUAAUAAGCAAUUAUAGAAUCGUCCCAGCUAGACUGACGAUUUACGUUCGAAAACGAUUUACGCAUCAUCUGUCUGCUUUGCUAUAUUUAUUGCUCACCAUUAAUUUGUACUUUUUGUGUAUUAGCCAUAUUAUCUUCGUGAACUGUCAGUGUAUAUAAAAUCGGUUAUAAAUAUUGAAACGCUUGAAAAUUUGAUCUUUAUGUUAUUCAAAAACUGUUGUUUUUUUAAUAGCUUAUAAAUUUAUAUAUUUUUUAUUUUACAUUCCAAUUGAGUCUAUAAAUCAAUUGCGGCGAUCGUCAAGCACACGGGCGCGAUUUAUAAACAAGAAUCACACACUUUCCAUUUCGAGUUAUUUUUUAAUUUCCUAUUAUUGUUCUACCACUAUUUCAUUUCUUUCGUUUCCGGUCUAUCUGUACAUUAUAAAACGACUACGUCGCACGUCUCAACAUGGAUUUACGAAGAAUGUCUAAUUGGAAUGUCCUGAGCGUGGAGGCCGCUCUUCAGCAGUUAAACAGUCACGAAGACGACGGCACGGAAAGAAGAUUAAGACGUCCCAACACGACUAUCGAAAAACUCCCGGAUAAGGUUAUUUUGAAUAUCUUCAGUUACCUGUCGCAUCGCGAAAUCUGCAGGGUCGCUCGUGUUUGCAAACGGUGGCGACAGAUCGCCUACGACACCAGACUAUGGAAAUACGUGUCCCUGAGACCGGAAGUCAGCGGUCUUCACGUUGGAUCACUUGAAAGUCUUCUUCAAUUAAUCAGUACUCGUUUUGGACCUUCUCUACGUUACAUCGAAUUGCCAAUCGAACUUAUCACUCAUACGGUUCUACAUGAAUUGGCGAACAAGUGUCCUAAUUUAACUCACAUGUUAUUAGAUUUCUCAACUGCCAUGCAGUUGCACGACUUUUCGGAGAUGCAGGCAUUUCCCACAAAACUAAAAUACAUGUGCAUAUGUCUGUCCGAGGUCAUUUUCAUGGAAGGUUUCAUGAGAAAAAUUUACAACUUCAUAAACGGCCUUGAAAUUCUUCACCUGAUUGGAACCUACGAAAAGGUUGAAGAAGAGGAAGAGGAGAUCUACGAGGUGAUAAACGUUCAUAAAUUAAAAUCAGCCACGCCAAAUCUUCGGGUAAUCAAUCUCUACGGCAUCAACUUUGUCGACGACUCUCAUAUAGACGCCUUCUCCUCGAACUGCAUCCAAUUAGAAUGUCUGGCUGUGAAUUUCUGUGCUAAGGUCACCGGCUCCACUAUGAAGACCCUGUUUCAGCGUAGCCGACGACUACGUUGUCUCCUGAUGCAAGGAACCAACCUCCAAAGCGAGUACGUCAUGCAGGUGGAAUGGGAGAAGUCCAGCAUCCAGGAACUUGACAUCACAGCCACUGAUGUCUCGACCGAGUGCCUGAUCGAUAUGCUCACAAGGAUUCCUGGUUUGCGCUUCCUGAGCGCCGGUCAGCUUAAUGGCUUCAAUGACAGCGUCCUAAAAGCUUGGACCGAGCUUGGCAAUCCUCGAAAUUUGAUAGCACUUGACCUCGCUAGUUCUGACAACCUCACUGACGAUGGUCUCCAUAAAUUCCUAUCGCGACACGGUCAUCAACUCUGGGGAAUUGUUCUAUCUGGCAUGCAACACAUUACGGAUCAACUCUGGCAAAGCGUUUUGCCGAUCUUAACAAACGCUAAAAUCGUCGUCAUGGGAACUCAGGACAGACUGGGUGUCAAUAUUCACGUGGAUCAACUUAUGGAUGGAAUAGCUAAUAAUUGUCCUAAUUUGGAGCGACUCGAGUUACGUUGGGAUCCAGAGAAUUUAAGAUUUUCGGACAAAAGUCAAAAGGCUAUCGAUAUACUUCGUGUCAAGUGUAUAAAAUUACGCUGUUUGGUUUUGAGCGAUGGACGAUAUUACGAGAUAGUAAAGGCGAAUUUCGAGAGAGCUGACAGGACUACUGUGGUGCGAACCACCACUUGCUGCAGAGUAUCGAACUACUAUCUCCUGCAAAACUACAAGGAUCUGAUUUUCAAUUGACAUCGUAUUUUUGAGAAUAUCAGAAUAACCUUAAGUGCCUCUUACAAAAGUACUAAAUACUAUAAAAGUCAUAUAUAUAAUAAAAAUAUAGUGCCUCCGACAA